AUGGCGAACCACACCACCUCCAAGCAGAACCUCAUCCACGCCAUCUCCAAGCAAGACAACUCCCACCAUGCCGUCUUCCCCGUCACCUCCCCCCUUUCCACCCCCCUCGCCCCCAACUCGAUCCGCAUCCGCACAACCCUAAUCUUCCUCUCCUCCAACAACCUCACCUACGCCUGCCUCGGCGACGCCCUGGGCUGGUGGUCCACCUACCCCAUGCCGCCCUCCCCCAUCGCACCGCCCCCUUACAACGACAGCAGCGCGUGGGGCAUCGUGCCGGCAUGGGGCUACGCGACCGUCGAAGCCAGCACCAUCGACGCGCUGCCCGCCGGCACAGAGCUGUACGGCUACUGGCCCACGACAUCCACCGCGACCGACCUGCAGCUCGUCCCGGCCCCCGACGGCGCCGCAGGUCACUGGGUCGAGACGUCGCCGCACCGCCAGGGGCUGAUGCGCAUGUACAACCGGUACAUCGAGCAGCCCAUCGCGCGCGGCAAGGACUGCGACGACGUCGCGGCCGCGCAGGUCCUCGCGCUGCGGACGGCGUUCAAGCCGCUGUGGGAGUGCGGGUAUCUGAAUUCGCGGUACGUCUACCCGGAUCCUUCGUCAAGUACGAUCACGGCCCCGCCGGUUCACCCGUUCGGCGUCCCAGGCUUGCCGUGGACGGCGCAAGACGCGGACUUGCGCAAGGCGGUCGCGGUUAGCUUGUCGGCGACGAGCAAGACGGGGCGCGGCUUCGCGUGGAAUUUGCUGCGUGACCGCGCGCCGGGGAGCGGGCCGCUGGCGCUGCUGCAGGCGACGUCGGCGCCCGGCGUGGUCAAGACGUUUGCGGAGGGUGAGGGUGAUGAUGGGACGCCGCCGAAUAAGGCGGUGGGGUACGAGGAGUUGGGCGGUGCGGCGGGGGUGGGGUGGGUGCUCGGGUUCCGGCCGGAGAAGGUGGUCGUGUUUGAUUUUGGGACGAGGCCGGGGGUGCUGGAGGGGUUCUUGGAGGCGCUGAAGAAGGAGAAGGGGGGAGAGGCGGUGCAGGUGUCGGUCGUGGCGGUGGGGCACGAGAUGAAGGUGUACUCGGAGGCGGACAUGAAGGCGGGCAUGGAGAGCAUGGAGAAGUUCCAGAAGGUGCAGUUCAAUACCAGCCCCGUGAGGGACAGGGCGAUCGAGAUCGAGGGCGGGGAUGCGUAUUUCGCGAAGAUGAACGAGGCGUGGAAGAGGUGCGAGGAGGAAGGCGGGUUGGGCGAGUUUGAGACUGUUUGGCUUGAUGGUGUGGAGGGAAUUGAAAAGGUCUGGCAGGAUCUGUGCGAGCAGAAGGUCAAGCCGAGUGAGACCGUUAUCGUGAGGGUUUGA